AUGCUGAGGAAACCUCUGGGAGCCGCAAAAUGCCAAUUCGUCGUGCGACGGUUUCUGCCAGCACGUGGUGCGCAUAAGAAUACUCCGCCGAACGACAUGGCUCUUGUUAUGCAGGCAGACUGCGAUGACGCCGAGCUUUAUCCUGUUACAAUUACCACGAGUACAGCGUUAGUGCAACAGUCGCCGGAGGCACUUCUCAACAAUGCCAAUCGUCCUCUUCUUGUUACCCUACUGCUGUUGUUACACCGCCGCGGUGUGCUGGAAGAUAGGCAUACGCGUCAAGAAAUAGCGCGUUUUUUAGUUCCUUCUGUGCAUCUUGACUGGUUGCCGUGGCUAUGGGGAGAUGGCACGGUAUCUGUAUCAUCAUCAUCAUCAUCAUCAUCACCACCACCACCACCAGGGGACAUUUCUGCCUUGCGGACCUUGCCACCCGUUGCAUGGCGGGGAGUGAUUGAGCACGAAAAACCGAAUGACCCGAGCGAUAAUCUGCAUUACUGGCAUCAGGUGUUUUUUGCGUUGUCCUCUAAUCCUGCCUUUACAGAAACUGGGACCUUUGAUAGUGCCCAUCGAGAGAUUCUUACGAUGAUGCGUGAUUAUUAUAUCGAUGUUGCGCGUGUGCAACAACUAUUACCUCCACUAGAUGAUGGUCUCAUUGUGACUCGCAUGCCGCCUGUGCUUCUUCGUAAGCUUCGAAGGUCAUAUGUGGAACAGUAUCGUCUUAUGCAAUACGCAGAGCUGCUUCGUGCUGUGGUAGACGGUGAGGAACUUGUUAUGCCGGUAGAUGGCACUGCUUUGUUGCAUGACGCAGAGCUUUUUGAAUAUUACUUGACCAUCCCUGGUCGUCGCGAGUCGGGGGUGGAGCGUGACAAGCGAUGGGCGUGUACACUAGAGUACGCUACCUUUUCAUUCCAGAAAUUGUUCCGCCAACAGCGCUGGAAGGGAGCCUCCGUCAGCACGGCACUGACACGUCCUGUUACGCUACUUAUGAAUGUUUGCGUCUUUGCGAAGAAUGACAAUUCAGAGGGCGAUCGAUACCGGGAGGCCAUUCUUCAUGUGAUGCGUUUAUUUCACGCUCAAUGUGGGAAUGAGGGUGAUGUAAACGAUGACGAUAAUGUCGCUUCUGGGACUGCAUGGGGGUUACUGAGGCUUCUUCGCGAUACAGGAGUAGAGAGUAUGUUGGCCAAAUGCAAACGACUGCAUUUUGGUCCAAUGCGUGGACUUCUGGAUGUGUGUACGGUAGCUGUUGUUACCGAGAUGCUUCUCUCUCUUGAAACUCAUACUGGGAGUGAAGGCAUUAAACAAAAAUUUUGGCAUGAUGAACUGGAAAUACUUCUUAGUCCACGCAAAAUUAUUGGCAGUGAAAUGUAUGACGUAAUAAAGAGCUAUGGUCAUCCUUAUUUUGCCACACGUUAUGGUUUGUUGAACUUGGGUGCACGUGUAAAAGCUGCACUUGAGGUAGUUGUGACGAUACCGGAGUCAGUGGAACGUUAUACCACUGAUUUGGAAAACUGGGGAGCUUUCAUUGGUCGUCCGCUACGUUUGAACAUUUGUGACGUUCCAUCGUCGCAGUUUUUGUCGUCAUUGUUGCCUUCGAGCCGAGUCGGUGGAAACUCGUUUUCAACUUGGCGAUGUGGGUGUCAGACUGUGAACUCUGUUCAGGUAGGGCAUGUUUCUUGUAUAGGUUGCGUAUCGCGGAAUUUGGUGGAACAUGAGUGGACCUGUCCGCAUUGCUCAUGGUGCUCGAAUUCGGGCGAUUACAUGGAUAAGUGCAUUGAUUGUCACCGUCCUCAUUCGUGCCGGAUCUCAGCAGAAGGUGCUGACACGGCUUCCGGUUGGAAUAAUUUGCCAGUGACGCCCUUUCUGUGGUACUGUGAGGGCUGUUUCUCCUACUCUCCACUGGGUGGUGAUGCUGCCACUGGAGGAGGAAUCUGUAGUGAUUGCGGUCUUGCUAACAAAGGUUGGUCAACUAGUUACUUUGAGUGGAGAUGUGGAUGCGGUGAGGUGAACAGCCCUUUUCGACGGUGGUGCUGGGCAUGCAGUGUGAGGCGGAAGCACGCAUUUUGCAAGUGCGUUAGUUGUGGCACGGAAUGGAAAUUGCAGCCGCGUCGUCUGGUGCCGGCGACAACAGCAACGGCGGUGGGGGAUAUCUGCCCAUCGUGCAACGGAUUUCACCCGCGUGACGUUGCUGCCUGGAAACGCCGACUGCUGCGCUGCCCAUUUUGUCACUGGCUAACACCCAGUGAUGUUGAAGGGUGUCAGAAUUGUAAGCGGACUUUGGGGGUUAUUCGUCAGUUUCUUACUGGCCUACCGGAUUGCCCUUGGUUAUGUCACGCGUGUGGACGCCAGCAUCAUCAUCGCGAUAAUGAGGGCACUCUGCAUCCUCCAUGGCGCGAGUCUAUUGAGGCGUGCGGAAGUUGUGGGGCGUUACGGAUUGAUCCGGUUCUGUUUGAGAAGCAUGAGGCAUGGGUUUGCGUGAACUGCGAGGGCCGGUUGGUGCGAGGGUUCAACUGUCCCCAUUGUCUCUUUCUGCACCCUGCCGUUCCUGCAAUGGAGGUCGGUGCAUGGCGUUGUGUUGUGUGUUUGUCGGUAAACAACAGCUGGAAUGGUGUCUGCCAGCGCCGCGGUUGUGGAACGCGACGCUCGGCAGACUCCCCAGCGCUGCCGUAUUCCCCGUGGCGUUGUGGUCGCUGCGGGGGUCACAGCCGAAGUGCGCAGGUCCCUCAGUGUGAACACUGCGGCACUGUCCGGGCGGCGGCGUACCCUGCUUUGAAGUCUGCUGUUGAUGAAAAGCGACUGGGGCGACUUGCCGAGUUGGAGGCACUCCUGGCCGAAAGGGCGGCGGCGAGCGACGACACGGCGCCCGAUCUGAAUUUGGGGAACACCCCGACGGACGAUUGGACACGUUGUCUCGUGGACAGCAUGCGACUUUCCAUACCGCUGGGAUGA